CAAAAACACCCAUAGGUCCUGUCCUGACUCCUUUGCCCUCCACAAUCCCACAUGACUUUGUUUCUCUCUUUCUCCAUAAUCUCACCAUAAAUACCCCCUCUCCCUUCAGCCCUACCGCACCACCUUAACUUCUCCCACUUUUUUCUCCCAUCCCAAACGUUCCCUUUUUCUCUUCUCUCCCUUUGCUUACCCUGAAAGCUCACUACUUCCCCUAAAAUGGCCAUCAAAAAAUCAAACAAACUGCCUCAAACAGCCGUACUGAAGCAAAUUCUCCGGAGGUGCUCAAGCUUAGGAAAGAAACAACAUGAUUAUGAUGAACAAGAACUUCCUUUGGACGUCCCAAAGGGCCAUUUUGUUGUAUAUGUUGGGGAGAACAGAAGCAGAUAUAUUGUCCCAAUCUCUUACUUGACUCACCCCGAGUUCCAAAGCCUACUGCAGCAAGCCGAAGAAGAGUUUGGGUUCAACCACGAGAUGGGUCUCACAAUUCCUUGUGAAGAAGUUGUUUUUCGAUCUCUAACAUCCAUGCUCAGAUGAAGAUUAGGCAGGCGUGUGCUUUUUUUUGUUUUUGAGAAAUUGCUAGAGAUGAAGCUGCUUCAUUGCUUCUCCGUUCCAAUUUUCUCUCUCUUUUUAUUUUUCUUGUAUUUUAGGGGUUAUUAUUUUAGACUCUGACCCAAAAACCCACGAAUAUUGUUCAUCUGGGUUUAGAUAUGAAUAUUUACGAAGGCAUGAAAUUUUCCUCACGGUGGUGUGGAGAUGUAGCAAUGUACCCUGUGAGAGAACUGACAUUAAUUAAUUAUAUUCAGUA